AUGUGGCUGUCCGUGCGACGACUGGUUUGCCGUGACGUAGAGUCACGGCUACGAUAUACGUGCGUUACGUCAUAUAACGCCGUCGUGCAUAUGACUCUACGCAACAAUAGUAUUGACCUUACCGAAUUGGAAAUGUUGGAUGAUAACGAUGAAGAGCCAAGACAGCCACAUCAUGAUAUAGUUCAAUUGAGGGAAGCAAUUGUAAAUCACAAGCGUGGAUCAAUGGGAAAUUUAAGCAUUAAGUUUCACUACGACAAUGUGAGAAGAGUUGGGUCUGAAGUUCGUAAUUAUCAUUAUACUGCAUUAGACCCAAAAAUAGAAGGCCCUUUUACACUUGGUUUAGUGUUACCUACCUCUUAUGGUAAUAAUUGGAUUAAAGCUGGCGAUGAAAUUAAUAAAUUAAUAGAAAAGAAUGAACCAUUUGAUAAAUAUUUUCAAGAUAAAUGGAAAAUUCAUCCAAACUGGGUGUAUUGUGAUUAUUUUCAUUCAUCAGAGCGAAAAUUUGAAAAUCCUGAAGAAAAAUUGCUUCAUUUUAUGGAAAAAAUAUUUUCUCCAGAUUGGGAAUGGAGAGAGCAAUAUCCAGCUUCAAAUUUUGAAAAUAUUUCAAUGGAUGAUUUUGAUAGACGGGAAUGUGACAGAAAACCAAUAGACAUAGAUGAGUUCUACUGCGAUAAAGAAUUAAUGCAACUUCUAUUUUUUGAUGCAAAAAUAACACAUGCAUUCUACAAUUCAACCUGGAAUCCUACUUCAGAAUUUGAGAAACGUUAUGUAAACCAAUAUAAUGUUAGUGUCAGUUUUUUGGCGACCCAAGGAGGGUUGAGUAGAUGGCAACAUAUACUUGAUCUGGCUGAAGGUGAAUUACAGUUUGGAGAUGUCCAUAACCGAUCGGUUGAGGAAGUUUGGUAUAAGCGUCCGGUACUAUAUCGUAACCUUAAUCCACAAGCAUUUGUAUUUUCAGUGCCUUUUAAUUCUGGAGACAAUGAUAAACUAAAAAUCACUGCCAGUCAUGUUAUAUUUGUUGAGGAUGAAAAUAAUGAAGCACCGGGGUCAGUAGUUGGAUAUGAAAUGUUACACUAG